AUGUUUUUUGGUCUAUUUACAUCCCAUGACAUAAUUCAUAUUCUGACAAACGAAUCUUCGUUGCCCGAAGAUAAUGUCCUUGAGGAUGGAACCCUCAUCGACCUUUCCGGUGCUAUCCUCCUCUGGCGUUCUGGAGAUUCGCUCAGCAAGAAUCUGACCCUUGAAGAACUCGCCUACAUGGUCAGUAUCCUCAAUCAGACCCAUAUGCAGUGCCCCGUCCUCUAUAGGACGCUGCGAUUUGAUGAACAUUUUCUCGAUCCCAGCACCACGUCACCUCCCUACUCCCCUAACGUAUCCGGCAACUCCACUCUUACCUGCGCAACUUUUGGUAACCGUCAACCCUUUGUCUACCUAAACUGCGGCCACGUCCACGGUUGGCAUCCUUGGCGUCACCGCAACGAUCCGAAUUGUGAUGGCCACAUGGAUUCCUGCGUUUUCCCUGCCUUGAAUCUGACCCUAAAACUUUUCCAACUGUUCCGCACUUUCUUCCUAGCGUCUUACGCCUUCGCUUUUUUGGUUGUUUUUCCCUCUCUCACUAGCAAUGACCGAAGCGCAGAUAGAACUUGUCCACUCUGCCGGCAGACCUCACGCUUUGUUCAACUCACCUUUGGUGAGGAAGUCGCCUUUUACGUGGACCACGGCCCACCCACACACUGCUUCAAUCCUUGCGGUCAUAUCGCGUCCGAGGCGACCGUCCGGUAA